AUGCGUUGCGAGGAUGAGGCCAAACUCUAUGUUCAGGAAUUACAAGAAGCCUUGAAGAACGGAGGUUUUCAUUUAACAAAAUGGAUGUCCAACUCUAAGAGAGUGGUGACUGGAGUACCACAGCAAGAAAGAAGUCCCGGCGUUAAGAAUAUUGAUCUGACGAGAGACGAAUUGCCUAUGGACAGAGCAUUAGGGGUGCUAUGGAACCUAAAAGAUGACAAUUUGAAAAUAUCGGUGACUCCUCCAGACAAACCUCUAACCAAAAGAGGCAUCCUGAGCACCAUGAGCUCUGUGUUUGACCCAUUGGGAUUUAUAACUCCCUUUACUGUUAGGGCUACGAUGAUUUUUCAAGAUGAAGUACGCAGGAAAGAAGGAUGGGAUGAACAACUCUCAGAGGAAAAUGUUAAAAGAUGGACCUCGUGGCUAACGGAACUUGAAGAUAUAAAGGAGUUCUACAUGAACCGUUGCCUACUCCCUCGCCGAUUUGGACGGCUCAUAAACGCACAGCUCCAUCACUUCUGUGAUGCUUCAGCUAAAGCUUAUGCAGUGGUGACUUACGUGAGGCUGCAAGAUGACAGUGGAUUCACUCAAUGCAGUUUAGUUAUGGCACGCUCCAGACUAGCGCCCAUCAAAGCUACCUCCAUACCCCGAUUAGAAUUGUGUGCUGCAGUUCUGACAGCUGGAGCUGAGGCCAAAAUACGAAAGGAAAUCUCUCUGGAGAUCAGGAAUUCUGUUUUUUGUACAGAUAGAAUGAUCGUUUUGCAUUACAUCAGGAACACUUCAAGACGUUUCCACACCUUUGCGGCCAGCAGCAGUGGCGUCAUGUGA